CAGAGGCCGGCUUUGGUUAUUCGGGUCAGCUCGCUGGUCUGGAGGUCACACGUGACAAGUCCCACCCACACACACGUGUGCGCUAAUGCUCUGCACUGGGUGAGUCCCCGGCUUCCAAGGUCCCGGCGACCGUGUCCGGGCUGCUGGCUCUUACAGCAGAGGCCACGGGGUCAGGAGAACAGAGGAGCUUUACAAGCCAGCGGGCGCGGCCAGGGUGGCCUGCCGAUCCCUCUUAACCCUUUACCGGAACCACCGGGAGAGCGGGGAGAGGAGGGAGGCCUGGCCCGCUGACCGGGCAGGGUGAGGCAGACGCCAGCAGGCGAUGCCCCAUCAGGGCACCACCCACCCUGGCGCCCGCUGGGGUCCCCGAAAGCUGGCCUUAUGGCGGGAGGCCCGCUCUGGCUGCGCGGCGUGUCCCCCGGCUACCCGGGCAGGGUGCUCGUGGGCGCUCCACCAGGGCACACGCUCACCGGUGAGCAGGGACCCUGCGUGCUGCCUGGUGGGCGAGCUCGGCGGGCAGUGUGUGUGCAAGCUGAUGGCCUCAGGACCGUUUGAGCCGUCUAGAUUUUUUAAAUUUAAAAUUAAGUGAGAGUUUAACGUACGGUAACAAAUACAUGCCAGGUAUUUCUAAUUUAGUGAAUAAAAUCAAAAGUUGCAUUAAAAAAAUUUUUUUUAACAUUUAUUCAUUUUUGAGAAAGAGACAGCAUGAGUGGGGGAGGGGCAGAGAGAGAGGGAGACACAGAAUCCGAAACGAGCUCCAGGCUCCGAGCUGUCAGCACAGAGCCCGACACCGGGCUCGAACCCACCAUCAGUGAGAUCCUGACCAGAGCCGAAGUCGGACACCUAACUGAGCCACCGGGGCGACCCAAAAGUUGCAUUUUGAAACAGGUAUUUACUCCACUAAAAGCUUACACCUUUAAGGAAAGGCAAAGGCAGAUGAACCACGUGUGACGACCCUGAGAGACAGUCCAAGGCCACUGACAAGACGGGAGGACUGGGGGGCACAGGGACGGGAGGCUGCUGGAAACCGCGGAGGCCGCGGUCAGACACUCUGGGUGACCCAGUUCUGACGUCACGGCGGGAACAAAACCUGGCCCAGGCUCAGAAGGGUCUCACUCAACGGCCAAAGGCCCAGGAGAGCACGCAGGGCUGGAAAUACCGCCGAGGCCACUGGGGAAAACUGUAAGCAGCCACCAGGCCCCGACACUGCAGAAAACGAACACUCCCAGGCAAAGAUUCAGGAUCCGAACGGUUACAGGACGUCCACUCGACGGGCAGCGAACCGUGAGACAACCUCUCCAAUCCCAAGUAAGGAUGAUUUGCAAGCCGCGUUUUCCCCUUCCGGAUCCCGGCGUUAACCGCUGGGCCUCCCGAGAGCUGGUGACGGACCGCACACGCGGGGUUUGGACAAGGUUUGGACAAGGCCCCGCGUCCCUGCGUCCCUCCACCCCGGGUACCCGGCUUGGGACGUGCGUGUCCUGACAGCCUGACAGAGCGGCGGGAUGCACAGGCCUGCCUCUGCCUCCCUCCCCUCCCCUCCGACCUGUCUUCCAACCUCACUGUCCGUCCUGUUGCCACCCUGCUCCCACUCCAGGCGGAGAGGCCCCGAGAACGUCAGCCUGACAACACGGGCAGCGGGGAGCAAAGGCCCUAAUCCACGAGGGGAGGAGCUGCCGCCGCCCCCUGAAGGCCCUACUUCUGGCCCGAGGCCCCCUGCCUCCCAAGACUGUUCCCCGACGGAAGGCAACCUGCCGCAGAGGCGCGAGCGGGCAGGGCUGAGAAGGGGGGCCCUGCGCCCCGGGAUGUGCCCGCAGCACAGGCUGAACCCGGAGGGCCCGGGCCUCCACCUCCGGCCUCGCCCGGGCUGGUGCAGGGGGCAGGGGCAGGGCCUCGCCAGCUGGAGGGACGUGGGGGUAAAAGGCUGCCGCGGAACUGGACUCCCCCUGCCCUGCACGGAUGACCUGACGGAGGGGGAGGCCCAUUCCUGGGCCCCGAGGACGACCCGCCCUGGUCCCCCUGCCCCUCCACCGCCACGCGGCCUUCCGUCCGAGUCAGGAGGCCCGACCCCCCCCCCCCGUCAACCGAGCCAGACCCCAGAACACCUGCUUGCCACGCGCACCUGGCUCAUCCGCCUACAGCCCUGCACCCACCACCCCUCACCUCUCCCCGGCCCGGGCGCCCAGGAUGUCCCGCAGAGGCCCUCAGGGGAUCCUGUCGCGGCCCCCCGGCUGGGCCUGUGGGACGGCGCACACCGGGAGGACCCCGCGACGGCGGUCCCGGUGAGGAGGGUCCUACCCCCAGGCCACAGGCCCCCAUUUCGGAGACAAAGCAGCUUCAAGCCCUAGAUCCCUGACUGUGGUGAGCCACCGGCGGGCCGGGCAGUGUUCACACUGGCCCUGCGGGGACCUGCCCACGACGUCCCCUGCCCCGCUCUGGGUUGCCAGGCCUCUUCGUUUUGACUUGCAGGACUCUCCCCUCAAACGUAAACGCGGACUCCCCGCUGGGUGUCGAUGUUAGAAAAGAAAAACACUUCCCUCAGAUUCCCACCUGCUCGGUGCACAGCGUCCUUCCCUGGCACAAAGGCUUCCUCUGGAUCCGGCCAAACCCACUGGGCCGUUUACGUGUCUGGGGUCUUAAAAGGCCUCCCACGAGGUGAGAAAGACGCCCCUCAUCAUGUCCCACUGACCCAGCGCCGUCCCCCCGCGGCCCCCGGACCGCUGGCGUUGGCCCUCCCCCGACUUCUCUCCACCUGCUCUGAUCAGCGACCUCCUGGGGGCCCAGCCCAUCGUCCUCCACACACUCAACUUCUCCUUCUAGAAACACUCCUUCCGUGGCUGCUCUGCCUCCAGCUCCAGCCGUGUCUAACAGAACUCUGGUUUCGAGAGCUCAGGUCUACACUGGCAGCGAGCGUAAACGGUUACAGGCCUCACCGCUUCUUUCUGACACGACCGCUGUGUUAGUAUCAGAGGAAACUGAGGUGACGUAAAGCAAAAUAUUUUAAAACGUACCUGAUUUCUUUCUACACGCCAUUCUCUAAAAACGCCUAAGCAACUAAAGCCAUCGACAUCUUUAAAACGUGCCUUUUCAACCACACUGCAACUUAAGAAUUCCUCGUUCAUAUUAAAGUCACCACCGGCUUUUGCAGGCUGACGUCCUGGGUUCAUUUAAAUGACGAUGCGGGACACGGAACCACCUGUGCGAGAUCUGCCUCCUAAAUGCCGUCUGCGUGGAAAAUACCGGUUAGUCCAGUGGGCCACCCCAGGCAGGCCUUAGCUGAGAGCAGGUGGGCCGCCUCCUUGGGCGGCGGG